CCCCACACAAGACAUAUUCAUUUGCAAACACUCUGCAAAUUUAGGUUUUGAUCAGUUUGCACAGCUAGCCAUGGCUAAUUACUUUCGCUUCAUUAUCUUGCUCUUAAUGAUCAUGGGGGUAUCUAGAUAUCCAGUAAGGGUUCAGGCAACCCGUAUCUUGCGCCUUGAUCAACAAGGCUAUUCGAGCUUUGCCACUCUUGGAAUUGUGUGCAAAUGCUGUGAUGGUCCAGGAGGUGAGUGCAGGACUACAAUGGAUGCUUCUUGCCCUAAGCCUAAACGACAGUGUUAUCCAUGGAAGUUUCACUGACUUCGGACAAGUUUUACGAUCUAUGUUUUGAAAUUGCUCCAUAUAUGAUGUUUCUAGUUGUUAGGAAUAACUUUAUGGGAUUUCCUAUUUAUGUAUUUCUCGUAUAAUAAGCUUUAUAUAACAGGGAGUAAAACUUCUCCUCUUUA